AUGGGCGUGGCCGGCUGUUUGAUUCAACUGAUACGUGACGAUUGGUCAGUCAGCGUCACGUUACAUGCUCGCCUGGGCUUCGCCGCCUUCGUCCUGUGCCUGGUCUCUUUGCUGAGCGGACUUGUCGCCUUCCUGGCGAGGUGUCUGAGCAGGACCAUCUCACCCUUGGUCAACAAGACCUUCCAUGUGGUCCUCAGCUUCGCCGCCUUCGUGAUCGCCAUGAUGGCGCAGUUUUACGGAUACACGAAGACUGGAAUUUUCAGGGGACAAGGACAGGAUUUCGUUGUCCUCAUGCAGGUCGUCACUAUGGUCCUAAUGGUCCUAACCAGCAUUGGCGCCAUUAAGUCGCUCUACCAGAAGAUUGGUAGCCUGGCCAGUUAG